AUGGCAUCAAAGACUGUGAAAGCAGUGCAAAUCCAGGAAUACAACCAGCCUUAUCAUUUUUCGGAGGUACCAGUUCCUCACCCCAAACCCCACCAGGUAUUGGUGCGUAUCAAAGCGGCGGGCUUUUGCCACACCGGUUUGAUGGCAUUGAAUGGUGAAUUCAACACCAAACUUCCAUUCAUUGGAUCCCACGAGCCAGCAGGUAUAAUUCAAGAGGUGGGAUCGAAUUUGAUGGAUUUUCAGCGAGGCGACCGGGUAGGAUGUAUCAAUUUCGACAGCGUUUGCGGCAUCACGGCCGAUGGUGCUUGGGCGGAGUAUAUGGUGGCGUAG